GAUUUCUAUUCUGAACCGCCAAUUCUUUCAAGUGUUCACUCACUCCACAGACGCCAUGAAACUCAACAAUCAUCCCCACCCCCACACCAAUGGCCACGCUCCUCCUUCCCAACCCCUUUGCCACUAAGCUCCCCGGCCCACGCUACUCUCACCCGCGGUUCACCUGCUCCUCCGUCACCGCCCAAUCGCGGUCCGCCAGGGAGCACCUCCUCGCCCUCAUCGCCGACCAGGACCGCGGCCUUCGCACCCAGAGCGACCCCGCGAAGCGCGCCGCAAUCGUGGAAACCAUCGACGCGAUGGCCGCCGCGCGCCGCGGAUCCGUCACCACCGGCGAUGCGCUGUCGGCCACGUGGCGGCUGCUGUGGACGACGGAGAAGGAGCAGCUCUUCAUCAUCGAGAAGGCUCCCUUGUUCGGAACCCGAGCCGGCGACGUGUUGCAGGUCAUAGAUGUUCGGGAAAGGACGCUCAACAACGUCAUCACUUUUCCUCCCGACGGCGUUUUCUUUGUUCGAUCCGGCAUUGAGGUCGCGUCGCCGCAGAGAGUCAAUUUCAGAUUUACUAGUGCGGUAUUACGCGGGAAGAACUGGGAAAUACCAUUGCCACCAUUUGGACAGGGUUGUGAUCAGAUGACAGUUAGAGAUCGACACAGCUGAGAUUGAGAAAGAUAGCAGGGGAUUGAGACAACUAAGAAUAAUGUGGCAGCUGGAGAUUGACACAAGUGAGAAUAUGGUGAGAGCCAUAGACGAUUGGGUUUUGUCUGGUACUGUUUGCAGCUGACAAAACAAGUGAAGGGAUAAUUGAGGUACUACGGGGACUAUCUUGCCAGUAAAGUUCACUGGUAAGCUAGCUGUAAAAGUCACUGGCAAUAGGUCACUUAAAAUACAUUGGUGAAUGUUAAGUGGAGAAUUCAUUGGCAGUUGCAGGUUGCCAGAAAAGUUCACUGCUAAAGUCACCGGUGAUUGAAGGUCGCUUUAAAUGAUUGCCAGCAGAGGCUGAUGAGAAAAGGUGAAACUAAAGUUGUUUGCAUCGUAGAAAUAAAUAUCAGGCACCAAUCAAAGAUGGUCCAUAUUUUGGGAUCUUGGCGGUGAAAUAGAUUUGGUCAAGGAGAUGGUUACUUAUUUAAUACCAUGUUAAAAUGAGAGUGAUAGGAUGGAAUAGCUCAAGUGAAAAGACUCUCGGCCUCACACAUACAAACAUAUAUAUGUAUGUAUACACUUGUACUUCAAGAUACAACUUACAAGGCUAAAAUUAAGUGAGUGCUAUUUCCUAGACACUAAUUCCUAAAAGAAAAGGAAGUUAUGUUACAGUCCCUUGUCUCUUGUUUUAUAUAUAUUCAUGUAUGAGUUUAGGGGUAAAAGGUAUGAACAAAGAUAUUGGAGUCUUGAGAAGUUUUAUUUUUGUGAUGCUGUCUGUGGUUGCAUCUUGUUC